CUGGGGCUGCCAUUCAGACUGGAGGCCGGUGUGUGUGUGUGUGUGUGUUGGUGAGCUGUAGCGAGUUGCUGAGGGUGUGCCCUGGACCCUGGGACUGUGUACUGAGUGUUUGGGAGAUCAGACUCAGGGACAAUGCUGCUGGGAUCGAGCUGGGGGGCAGCUCUCGCAAUGUGAAAGGCUCUUCCACCUCUCUUUCCCUCCCCCUCCCCCCCUCCCCACCCCAUCCUUUCCCCCUCUUCCCCAACCCUCCCUCCCUCCUUCCUGCCCCAAGCCCAGCCAGCCCCCUGGCGGGACAUGAGCCAAGGUCUCUGCGGAUCUCCGGAGAACAGAGAGAGCAGCGAGAGGAAGCAGCAGCCAGGGCGGCUCCUGGUCCCGUCAGAUCCCGCCAGGCAGGCCAAGCGGAUUCCCAUCAAGAUCCUGAAGAUGUUGAGUGCUCACAGCGGUCACAUCUUCCACCCGGAGUAUCUACAGCCCAUGUCGUCAACUCCGCACAGUCCCAUCGAAUUGGAUGCCAAGAAGAGUCCGCUGGCUCUGUUAGCUCAGACGUGUUCUCAGAUUGGCAAGCCUGACCCUCAGCCAUCGGCCAAGCUCAGCUCAGCGCUGAACUCCGGUGAGAAGGAAUGUACCAGGCCCUCAUCUUCCCUCAAACUGGGCGAGGCACCCAGUGAAGACAAAUCCAGCUUCAAGCCUUAUUCCAAACCGGGCACCGACACCAGGAAGGAGUCUGGGGAGAAGGCUGGGUUCCGGGUCCCGGCCGCGUCUUGCCAAAGUUUCACCACCCGCCCACCCUCCUCCUCGCCCGCCGUCUGCUCCCCGAGCCUGGCCGAUGCCAAGACCGGCGACGUGGAGGACAAGAAGGAGCCUGAGGUGGUCCGAGCCUGCCCAGAGCACUCGCCCGCCAACCCAGUGCACAGCAGGUCAGCCAGUGGUGGUGGCGGUGCCAGUGAAUCCAGCCAACACCGGGACACGCCGACUGCGACCAAGUGCGACAGUGCCAGCCUGGCUCCGGGACACGUGGCACCUGUUUCGCCGUACAAAGCGGGGCACGCGGUCUACCCUGGCCUGCCCCCAACUAGCAUGGGAUACCACGGAUCGAUUGUGGGAGCCUACACCGCCACCUACCCGUCGCAGUUUGUUGGCACCAUGGAGCCCAAGCCCGGCCUGGUCGGGAGCCCGUUGUCUGGAGCCGUGGGCUGCCCGAUGCCCGGCAAGUCUGCAAACUCCAGCCCCCUGACUGGGGCCUCUCCUCCCGCUUUCAUGCAGGGACUGUGCCGUGAUCCGUACUGCCUCACCUACCACAAUGCUCCUCACCUCGGGGGCAGUGCUUGUUCCUCCUGCCUUCACGACCCCUCCUCUCUGAAGUCUGCAUACCCUCUGGUCUACCCGUCUCACCCUCUGCACUCUUCGGUCCUGACCACUGGAGCCACACCACCCUUGGGUGCCCACCCGUUGUACACCUAUGGCUUCAUGCUGCACAGCGACCCACUGCCUCACAUAUGCAACUGGGUGUCUGCCGGCGGUCCUUGUGACAAACGCUUCUCCAGCUCCGAGGAACUCCUCAACCACCUACGUAGCCACACCGCCCUGCCAGGGACCGACAAGCUGCUGGCUGCUUACCCUCCCCCAGCCUCCUGCAACUUACACCUCCCCCAGGCUCCUCCGGGGAGUCCCAAUGGCUUGUCUCUCCGCAGCCCCCACACCCUGGCGCUCAGCAGGUACCACCCUUACAGCAAAAGCCACCUGUCAGUGCCUACCAGCUCUGCCCUGACCAUGUCUGCUGCCAGUCCCUAUUACUCUCCAUACUCCCUCUAUGGACAGAGACUGGCAUCUGCUUCAGCUUUGGGAUAUCAGUGACCCAAGACGUUGGAGUGUAAUGCCUGAAGCAGUUGGGGAGGGCGAUGUAUUUAUUACCUGUAUGCAUUAACUUCAAACAGGGGACUGUCAGAUCUCACAGCCUCACUUCCUUAUCUAAUGUAGAAUGCAAUGUAUAUACCAAACAAUUCUUUUUUUUUCACAACAAGUUUCUUCAAAUGGUCUUAUUUAAAAAUAUUUUUCAUUCUCUUUUUGUUUGUUUCUCGAGGGGGGUGGGAAAGGGGGUGAGUUGAUAUGCAUGUUUUUUGGUAAUCCCUCAUUCUGCUCUCAUUUGAGAUUUUUGCUUAUUUUUAACCAAUGGAGAUGUAAUAUUUUUUUGUAUUGUACUUCAAAUGGGAUACACAUAUGAUGGCAGGGCUAUCCAAGAAAUGGGAGGUCUUAUUUUGUUAUUAAAUGAGAACCUAAUUAUAUUUAUAUUCUGAUGGCUGCUUCUCAUGAAUUCUUCAAACUGAGCCGCCUGCCCCUCCCCACGCCCAGCUGCCCCUCCCUUCACGGGUGCCCGUGUUGACUCUGGGGGGGUCACCCAUCACUUGUCCCUGGGUCAGCAGUCCCUGGAUUCUAGCCCCACUGAAGUCACUGAGCACAGAAUCCUCCAGCUGCCUCUCGCAGUGCAGUGCAGUGCAAGUGCAGUGCUGUUGGAGAUGCUGUGGUUCAGAUGUUACAAACCUCCUGAAGUGGUACAUGAACGAUCCCACAGCACUGUUGAAACAAGGGCAGGUGGUGUCCCGGGCUAAACGCCUCUUGAUCGACAUCAGGAAAUGAAAGGAGAGCGGAUGGUCUGGUCAUUUUCAUGUUGUUGUUUAUGGGAACUUGCUGUGUCUAAAGUGGCUGCUGCAUUCCCAAUGUUACAGCAGUGUCUGGAGUUAAGGCGGGUCAUUGGCUGUGAAGUCUGUUUUUGGUGCCUGAACUUGUACAAGGGUCAGAAACACCAGGCUCCCAUCUCUAUCCUUUCUUGUUGCAGCCUGUAAGGAGUUUGGGGAUCCUGUGAAUUUGUUUGGCCUGUCUAAUGUCAUGAUAUCAUUUGAAUCUGAAUGAAAAGUUGUCACAGAUUGGAAGGGAAAAGCUGUGACAUCAAGAAGGAGGAAAUGGGGGAGUUUGAGAGGAGACAGUCUUUCAAUCUAUACAGCAAGUGCAAGAUGGACAAUGAAGUGGGAUUUCAAUGCAGCGAAAUGUGAAAACUUACAUUUUGUUAAAAAUAAAUGAGCAACAUAUUACUUGGAAAA